AUUCACACGUUAAUUUAUUAAACUUCUUCCACCGAAUCACGUCGCGGUUCUUGCGACGAAACACGCUUCCCAAAACCGUUCCGUGUUCUGAACGUCGUCCGUUCCGAGCGUACUACUACGAAUUUCUCCAACCGCGUGCUAGAAAGCAACCCGAUCGGCGAAGAUCCUGUUUCGGGGGUUGACACAUCCAACUUGAUCUGGUCGAAAACUUGAUCCGAUUUUUUUUUCGAUCGAACACAGCCUCAGCGGGUCGUCGAGUGCGUUGGUGUUGGUGCUUUGAAAACACGAUUAGAACUCGCCGUCAGCUGCCAGUCGUGAAACAAAUGUCGGUCGGGUAAGAUCCGCGUGGCACAACACAACCACCAAACAGCUCACUCAAGUCCUCGGGUGUUAAUCUUUUACCAGCAGUACUCUGCUCUAAAUCGGUGCUUCGGUGCGUCCGUGGAUGGUGAUUGUGGCUGACUCCCUGUCAGUUUCUGCAUCUCGGGGGCAAAAAAAAAACCGCAUGAUUCAACGCCGCAGCUGCGCACUAACAACCGAAAGGAUACGCGAACUGCAAUCCAAAACAUUGUGUCUGUAAGUGAAUUCCAGUGACAGUUCCCAGUGGAGAAAUCCGGAAAAAAUACAUUUGUUCUGAGUUGUUUUGGAUUUUCUUUUUCUGUUCUAUCAAAUCGGAUUCUCGAAUCGAAACAAUUGUGUGUCUAUGUGCUGGAAACAAUUGGAGAACACUCUUCGAAGCUGACGGUGUUGCAAAUUCAAUGUGAUAAUCUACGAAUACCCUUUUUUUCCUGAUCCGAGUUCUUCCAUGCGGCAACGCGCGGCAGCCUGAGAAAGCUGAUGUCAGUUACCCGUAGUUAGCUAGUGCAUUAAGUCGAAACGACAAGCUUAAACCGAGCAAUCCCGAGUCAAUUACCCUAGUUCAUAGGUUUAGCGAAAACGCAAACAACACACACACACAAUCACACCAAAAUGUCUUCAUCAAACGUCACAACGUCUUCGAACUACUGGGACUUUCUGUUCACCGAACUGGCCGAUCCGAGGACGAACCAUUGGCCGCUGGUUUCGUCGCCGGUGCCGGGUCUCACCAUCAUCGCCAGCUACCUGUACUUUGUGCUGAACUUCGGACCGAAAUACAUGGCCAACCGGAAGCCCUUCCAGAUGCAAAAGUUUCUGGUGCUGUACAACUUCCUGCAGGUGCUGCUCAGCUUGUGGCUGUUCUUUGAGGGCCUAGACGGAGCCUGGUUACGGCACUACAGCUGGCGAUGUCAACCGGUAGACUGGACAGAAUCUCCCACGGCAAUGCGGGUUGCCCGAGGGUGCUACGUCUACUUCCUGGCCAAGCUUACCGAACUGCUCGACACCGUAUUCUUCACCCUACGGAAGAAGGACAAACAGAUCAGCUUCCUGCAUUUGUACCACCACACUGUGAUGCCGAUGAUCUCCUGGGGUGCCACCAAGUAUUAUCCCGGAGGACAUGGAACAUUCAUAGGUGUGAUCAAUUCCUUCGUCCAUAUUGUGAUGUAUAGCUACUACAUGAUGGCUGCCAUGGGACCGCAGUUCCACAAGUAUUUGUGGUGGAAGAAAUACAUCACCGAUCUCCAGAUGAUCCAGUUCGGAAUGGCUUUCAUACACUCGGCCCAGCUGCUGUGGACCGACUGCGGAUAUCCACGUUGGUCUGUGUGCUUCACACUACCAAAUGCGAUCUUUUUCUACAUGCUGUUCAACGAUUUCUACAAAAAGACCUACGGAAUAAAACGCGCAGCUCGACUGGCCGCCGCCAAGCGCAAGGCGGAAGAGGAAAAGAUGCUGCGGGAGAAAAAUGACAAACUGGCCGAGAAAGAGCUGUAAGCUCCCCGGGACUGGUCCACUGGAUACCACCAAAUUUCACUACCGUAGAUUCAUCACACUCUCAAUCUAUUCCUUAUCCGUUGCGCCAUCAAUCUUUCCCAGUUUUCAAAGAGAAAAUUCAUUCCCUGUUGGUAGAACAAAGUGCAAAUUUGCUCACCACCAAGUCUACUCAUAGGUUAGUGCAAUGUUGUGUGAGAGAACCCUCGUUUUUGUAAGAGCGUUUCCUAGGUACGUAAGAUUAUUAUUAUUAUUAGUCAGUCUAGUUGAAUGAAAGUGUAGAAACGUUUUAACAGCUACAAAUAAAACCAACAAAAGUUAGAAUGAUAAA